AUGCUCCUUGACUUGGAGAAGCCCUCUGAUGUCUCUGAGUGCCAAUCUUGUCAGAUUGAUGAAGGGAGAUUCCGAUGUUUGACUUGCAGUGGAGAUCAGAUGUUCUGUCAUUCUUGCGUUGUCAAAGCUCACCAGUUUUUGCCCUUCCAAAAGGUUCAAGAGUGGAUUGGAAAAUGCUUCCAAGACAAGUCACUUGAAGAAUUGGGUUUCAUCUGGCAUAUGGGCCAUGGGGGACAACCAUGUCCAUUUUCUGACGACCCACAAACAUGGGAGGAUAUGCCACUGGAUACAGAGGCUGGUUUUCGACCAACGGAGACAAUUAAUGGUCAGGCUAUACCGACCACCUUGACUAUCAUACAUUCAACUGGAGUGUUUGUCCACAAUGUUGUUUGGUGCGGCUGUCCUGGGACCAAGCAUCAGCAGCAUGUGCAAUUGCUGAAGGCUGGAUUAUUACCAGCAAGCACCACUCGACCACGAACUGCCUUCACUUUCGAAGUCUUAGAUCAUUUUCUAAUUGACGCACUGGAAUGCAAGACUUCAGCAUCAAGCUUCUUUGAGAAAAUUCGUCGGAUGACCAACAACUCUUUCCCAGAUACUGUUCCUGUGAGAUCAUAUAAGUAUUCUUGUCAACACUUAAACUGA